UUAUGGCAGCGUGGCGGCUUCUAUUCCCAUUGCUGCUCUUGCUGUCGGAGUUGUGGUCGAAGACCGAGACUGACAACGUCACUCUAAAAGCAGAAAACUCCACGGAUGAAACGUCCCCCACUGGGACGCCCCCCAGCGAAACGACCCUCCCCGGGACCUCCCCCAGCGGGACCUCCCCCAGCAAGACCUCCCCCAGCAAGACUCCCCACAUGCAGACAAAAGACAGUGCUGACUGCCCCUGUGAUCUGCAUCCAGGCUUCUGCGACAUCAAUUGCUGUUGUGAUUCACACUGUGGUUCGGAGUGCAACCUUGGUGCCCCUGGGUGUCCCUUCUCUUUCUGCCUUCCAGGCAGUACCAGAGCUGUGAGUCGGGUGUGCUUGGAAAAGUCCCUGAUUUUCCGAAAUAAUACUCCCUUCCAUACUGAAAUCCUUCCAGGUCCUGAUGGAUGUAUAUUACUCUUCUGUGUACAGUUAAAUGAUUCCACACUGAACUAUUUACAAGUGCCACAGAUGGUGACAAAAGUAAAUUUUCCAAUACUUUCAGCACAAUAUGGAAAGUCAUCUUUCAUCCUUCCAGAACAAGUUUGGUCUUCUUCAUCUGCCUUUUAUCAAAUGGGGGAUCCAAUUCAGAUUUAUUAUGCUGCAUCAUCUACACUAAGUGUGCUUAAGCAACCUGUGGGCAUUGGAACCAGUCAGAUUUGCACUGAUGAGAAUCCUGCUGGUUUCCUGGAAAGUAAAACUACCAGCUGUAUUAGGAUCUUUACAGACCUGAUGAGAAGUUGUACCUCUGAUCCUGCAUUGGAUGCAGCUUCAUAUUAUCGUAACUUCAGUGUAUUACAGGUCCCAGUCAAUUUUAGUGAUUUCCAGCUCUUCAAGGUCCACAUUAUCCCACAUUCGGAGCCCGCAGCUCCUGGGCUGAAUGGUAAUACAUGCCACAAUGUUGUUUCUGAGGUGAAUUAUGAGAUGGAGUUUAAUGGGAUCCAUGGAAUCCAAAAGGUUUACGUUCAGUUCAAGUUGACCAAUAUAUCAGGAAAUGCAGGAGUCACAUUACAACAAAGUUUUUCUCUGCAUUUUGGGAGCAGAAGACCUUCUUUGACCAAACGAAGAAGUGGAAAUCCUGGCUAUAUCACAGGAGCACCACUAAGAGCUUUAUAUAAUGGGAUCCAGCAACAUGUAACCAUUUUACAAAACCAAGCUAAUGGCCAGUGCUCAGCAGCUGAGAGAUUUACAGUACAAUUUGGGGAGAAUGUAAGAAUGGGCUGCCAGUUCAGAAUACCCUUCAAACCUGAGGAAAGAAGUUGUAGUGACUUGCAGGAGCUAUUUUACCAAGCCUUCGAAGGAGGACUCAGCACAGGGCAUUUGGCCAUAACUGGCAAUGCUGAUCCAGGCCAUCCAGAGCAAUGGACCAGAGUUUUUACCCAGAGGUGUAAGUUGCAGGAUGGGCAUUGUAUGAUUCCUAUUUCCCUGAAGAUUCAGGUGAUAUGGGCUAAUGUGGGCCUCUUAUCUAAUCCACAAGCUCAAGUGUUGGGUGCACGAUAUUAUUACCUCUGCAGGCCUCUGAAGUCUCUGGGUAUAUAUAUGAACAUGUUGCCUUUGACAAGUACAGUUACCUUCACAGAUGUUACCAAAUGGCCAGAGUCACCACAUGGUCAACCUGACAUUUAUAGCAAACUUCCAUUUGAUUUCUUCUUCCCUUUUAAAAUGGCAUUGAAUGAAGCUGUGAAUGGUUCAUGCAACAUAUUGGACACUUUGCUGAUGUCUUUAAUGCUUUAUGGAAUAUUCGUGAGCUUCUAAUACAGAAAAAGAAUAACAUUUCAUGUAACAUGGAAUCAAAAAUGGUUGCAUGAUGAGUGAUAGAGUGUUUAAGAGAAUGGCUAAUUUUCUUCCUAAAAUCCUAAAGGAGGGUGUUCUGCAACAUCUAUGUGUCAGAUAAUUAAGAUGUAUUUCAACCAGUCUCAAGAUUGCAUGGAUGGUUCUGUGGACAUAUUGUAAAGUCAAUAGUCCAUAAUGAGUUGAUUAUAUGCAUGCUAUGCAUAAAAUUUAAUGUUUAGCCCUGACAGCAAUUGUUCCAUAAGUGAUUGCUGUUUCUGUUUACGGAUGCGCUGUGUGCGACAGGCUUUCUAUCAGCCUGGAUAAUGUAAAAGUGGGGGUCCAAAGUGAUACUGACGGGUACUUUUUGAGUUCUGAAACUUUUGAAUUUCUGUCUUCUGUGCAACCCCUUGCCUUUUUUCUGCCCAAAGAUGUGUUAGCUUUGAACCAGGCAUCUUCAGAUUUCAAGUGACAAAAAUUGCUUAAUCAUGGACUCUUAGUAUCUUUUUUCAAGAUGAACUAUAUCAAAAGUAUGAAGAAUCCUGUAAUUUUUAGUAUACCUUUUUCCUGUUAGUAUGAUUGAGAUAUUUGAUAAAUUACAAUUCAGUAAUUAACACAAAUACUGUUCUAAUACUUAGCUUCAUAGGUAUUAUAUAACAGCUAAUCUUUUAUUAAACAAUGUUUAUGCUUUGUUGCUAUGACUGUUUAGAAUACUAGUUCUUCAUUCACAGGAUGUUCCAGUCUUUCCUAAAAGAGUGAACCUAAAACAUGAAAAGCCAUAAUGAAAAACUGUAUAAGUGCCUUAAUGCCAGAAUCACUCUUUAAAUUGAAGAGAUUUAAUGAAUAUGAUUUCAUUAAAAUAAUAUAUAAUAUAUAUUGGUAAGAACUGGGAAUUUAAUGAGUGUUGUAACCUAUGAAGUUUUCCAUUCUCAUGUUUUAAUGUUUUAAUUAUCAAUCAUAAUGUUGUGUAAAGCUAUAUUUGUAAAUAUACGCUUUGCAAUGGUGCUACAUAGUGGAUGUGACAAAUUAUAUCAUUGAUCGUUGUAGUUUCAUAUAGGUUAAAAAUUCUAGCAUGCUUUUUUCAGUAAUUAUAGUUUGAAUUUGCUCAAGCA